AUGUGCCAGCAUAACCAGUUGAUUAGAAAUAUAAUUGGAUUAAUAGGCAUAAUUUCAAUAUUCUCACAUUUUAUUGCGGCUACCUUAUGGAUUGCCUAUAUUUUGGGUUGGCGAAUAAUUCAGAAACUCAAGCAUUCCACUUCAAAUCAGAAAAUUUGUAACAGCUCUUCCUUACAAACAAUAACAAUGACAACACUAACUGGAAACAGUGUACAGUCACAACGACAGAAAAUACCUUUGACACCUAAACAAAAAUUAACAUGGCCAGUUUGUUCCUUGAGAAUGUCAACACAGUUGCUAAUAUUUUCAAUGGAAAUCGUCUGUAUUUUAGGGUGUUUUACGGAUUUAGUGAGAUUAAUAUAUCUUUCAAUUACUGGAGAUGACUUGCGUUUGUUAUUUGGUGAUUGGCUUUGUCGUAUACAAAUAUUUGCUUCUUUUACAACUUGUGAUGUAGCCGGAUGGCAUUUUGUGUGCCUAUGCAUUGAACGUUGUUACAUUACACUAUUUCCUCGAACGUAUUACAGUAUGAGUCAUUCAUCAAUUAGACCGGCUGUAUUGAUGAUCGUGUUGACUUAUUUAAUCGGUUUCGCAACAAAUAUGUUUCUAUUAAUACCAACCCAAAUCGUAUGCUCUGGAUUCUAUGACAGUCCUGGGGUAAAUUCAGUAAAGUUUCUCUUGACUCUAAUAAUUCCCGCACUAACUACCACUAUAUCUACCGUGAUUAUGAUAUCUGUUUUGAUCAAGUGGAAACUGAAAAAACUGAAUUCAAGAGAACCUGUUUCUUUAUACCCCAAUAGUUUGGCUAUUAAUAAGAUAGCAAAAAAUUCAUCGAUUGAUGUUAAAACAAGAACAUGUGCAUCGUUUGCUUCUGUGCAUUCUUCAGCAGCUCACCCAAAGGGCAACAACCCAGUUGGCGGUUCACGACGUGGAUCAGUUAGACUGGUGGUGUACAAUGUAUCAGCAAGAGUCACUGUGGCAAAAAUGAUGUUGAUCUGUGCCCUUUUAUACCUUUACACCUUAUUAUCUUUGUUUGUAUUCGGCUUAGUAUACUCCAGAUACUGUUGCUUUCUUACAGCCAGCCAAAAUUGCAACUGGAAUGAUAAUAUAUUCAAUUUAAUGUCCAUUUUACAUUGGACCUCUCUUUCGAUGACAAGUUAUGUUCUCAUGUUCGGUGCUGUAACCAUACGUCAGGAUAUCUACACCAUAGUAUUAUUAGUGUGGCUUAAUAUCAUCAAAAAAUUUUAG